GCAAAGUUGAAGCCGUUGGCUUGUGUGAAUAUUUUUACGCUCAGUCUUCGCCAGAAAAAGAGCCAGUUUGAUUGAUUACAAUGUCGAGUUCUGAAAACACAGACUCUAUCGACAAAUCAUCAGGUCAAGAUGAUGUUACGUUCGUCGAGAAUGUCAUGCCUAAAAAAGUUAAUAAAACUAAAGUUAAAAAAACUAGACCGUAUUUGCGUGACAAAUCAGCUCCAAAACCUCCGGCUUCUGGAUACAUACGAUUUAUAUCUAAUAGGCGUGUACAAUUUCGUUCUGAAAAUCCCAAUUUAUCAUUUGCUGAAAUAACCAAAAUAUUAGCUACUGAGUGGAACCAGAUGCCGGCAGAUAAAAAACAACCAUAUCUUUUAGCUGCUGAACAAGACCGAGUGAAAUAUGAUGAAGAAUUAGCCGCUUAUAAAAAAACUGAUUCAUACAACAAUUUUAUUAAAAGCAAAUUAAACAAAAAGAAAAUUAAUACUCCUAUCCAAAAAGAUAAAGAAUUGAAAAAAGAAAAUACAUCUAGUAAAAACAAUAAUGCAGCACAUGACAUAUCUAUAUUUACUGAAGAAUUCUUAGAGUUCAAUAAAGCUAGAGAAACUGAAUUAAGGAACCUCCGUAAAAAUGUAACAACUCAAGAACAAGAAGUAUGUGUCUUAGAUAAACAUAAUGAAAAUGUACAAAAAUUAACUGCCAAAUUAAAAGCUAACACUGAAAAACUCGAAGCUGGUUGUACAAAAUAUGAGGAAUAUUUAAAAAAAUUACGAUCUAAACUUCUAAAUGCUUUUGCUAACUUUGAAUUGACAGAUAACACUGAGUCACCUACCUAUGACACUAUUGACACAUACAUGGUUAAUUUAUCCAAAAAUUUAACAAAUGAUACUAACGCUGAUUCUUCCCGGAUUACAAAUGUAAAGAAAGCCAUUUCUAAAUUAAAUUUUUCACAAGGUAAAACAUUCGCCUGUCAAGUUGAAUAUCAUUUAUACCAUCUGGGAAUACACAUUACUGUGGCUCAUGAAAGUAUACAAAUUAACAGUAAAAAGAAUCCUACAGACGAUAUUACAAAAAUCAUUAGCGAGAUGAUUGAUGCUUGGUUAAUGAUUAACGACACAAAUAAAUGGAUCGAGGGAACAGAGUCGGUCUUUACAGUAAAUAUUCAAGUAAAAAGAAGAAAAGUUUUCAAUGACUGCAAGGUCGAAAUUGAUUUACCUAUAUUUUCAAAUCCUAUAGAAGAUAAUGAUAAAUAUGAAAUUAUUAAAGAAAUAUUGAAUAAGUUAAAACAUCAAAAUCCAAUUUAUUAUCCUAUGGGAAUUAAUAACGAUGAGUUUCUGCAGUUACACCAAAAACCAGCAAAAGGAGAUCCAAACAUAGAAGUUCUGCAGAAACAUAAUGAAUGUAGUAUAAUAUCCAAUGCCACCAAUGAAGAAGAAAUGCCUGAGAAGGUAAAAAAAGUUGAUCAAGAAUGUUCAGAUUCAGAAGUAAAGCACCUUGAUAAUAAUUCCACUGAUUCUCAUACAACUGAUGAAGAAAAGUUGCCUGAGUUAGUACAGAAAGCGGUUGAAGUAUGUUCACAAAUAGAAAGCCUGCAGAGUAAUGUGAAUUAG